AUGCACUAUCAAGUGUUUGACGCACAAGAAACCUUUAAAGGUGAAGUACCAAAGGAGUUCUAUGAAGGAAAACUACCACAAAAGUUUAAAGAUUAUCUUGAAAUACUUGAAACAAUCAAAGGUGUUAUUUCAGUUGAUGAUGCAUUACACACAUUUGCAGCCAUUUAUCCUCUUGGGGAACCAGCUCAAGAUUCUUAUCAUCUUGUUCUUUCAAUGUUUCUCAAACAAUGGUUCGAAAAAUAUACAGAAUUAAAGAUGGACAUAAAUGCAUUUAAAAUGCAUUAUGCUAAUUAUUAUCAAGUACUUGAUGAACGUUUUCCUUUUAAAAAAUAA